GUGAGAGGUGCUGGACACCUGGACAGGGGCACAGAGACAAACAGCCAUUCAAUAGGGACAAUUAAGAGUUAACCUAACAUGUACUUUAUGUGUUUGUUCUGAGGGAGAAAACCCACACCUGCAUAAGGAGAACAUGUAACCUGCUGUGAGGUGACCACUCCUCUGCUGCACCUCCUCCUGAUCUGAUUUAUACUGAAUAUGAAUCAGUUUACUCUUCAGGAUUAAAGGUAAUAGAAAGAUAAUGUGAAAGGGCGCAGUGAGGAUGAGAGGCUCAGCUCAGUCCUGAUGGAUCUGUUGUUAAUCGAAGCAGCAAAUGCUGCAGCACGUCUCUGCAUCACGUGUCCUCUGGUCCAGGAGUUUGGCAUCCUGAGUAAGAACACUGUCUUUGUGACAGGACAACCCAGUGCACAGCAGCAUCAUCAAGCUGUUUAAGGACACAAAGACCCUCGUCACACACUUCAAAAGAGCAGGGUUACAAAAGGGACUAGACCAGUCACUGAAGCAAGCAGUGGAGACAAGGUGGAAUACCAGACUUGCAAUGCUCRYAUCUGUAAAUGAUGCACUGAGGUCCGGUAAGCUGCAUGACAUCCUGCUUCGCRGAAACGAGCUCCGUUACCUCAACAACAUAGACUGCGAACUUCUUGAGGACAUCAUCCAACUCCUGAAACCUUUUGAUGAGGCUACUAGGCACCUCUCCACUGAUCAGACACCUACCCUUCACCUUGUCCUCCCAACCAAAGCAACCCAAGGGGUUUGUCAAUCCAGGAUGGAGACAGUGAGAUUGUGAAAGAGAAGCUGACAUGUCCAAGUACAUCACUGAGAUCCAGGUGUCUCUGGACAGAUGUGAGGAGAUUCAGUUCAGCAUGCAAAACCUGACUCAGAUUCCUGUUGACCUGAACAAAGGAGCCGGAGGAAACUACAUCUACCUCUGGUACAGAAGAGGUGACUGUUCACCAAUCACCAGGAUUCAGUUUUCAUUUAAUGAGAACACCAGAGAGGGUUUGGCUAGAGCAGGGUACCACAAGGUCGACAAAGACCUCAACAAAGGAGCAGAUGGCGACUUUAUCUUCCUGUGGUACGACACAGAUUCCUCAGAGAGUAAAGUUCCCAUUGUGGACCUUGCAGUCACUACUGAUCCCUGUGAAGCAACCUGGUACAUCUCCUCUGGCUGGGAGCCACUGACCUGUGAUCUGAACCGAAAGGCUGGUGGAAACUACAUCUUCCUGUGGGUGAAGAGAGAGACACCAACCUACAUCAAAGAAAUUAUUACCACUAAUCAACCCUGUGAAGAUGACCGAUAUUUCAGGGAUGGUUACAUCCGACUGGAUGAAGACACCAACAGAGAAGCAGGAGGGAAAUAUGUCUUUAUUUGGUACCUUCCGACCACGAAUCCAGCUGAGGCCCUCAGGGAUCUGCAGGUCUCCAUCAAUGAUAGUGAGUACAAGUGUUUUGAACAGGUAGGCUAUCAAGUAGUGCACCAGGAUCUCAAUCAGGGGGCUGGAGGAGACUACGUAUACCUGUGGUACAAGAAAGAAGAUUGCAGCAAAAAACCCAUCCGGACCAUGACUUUGAUCCUGGACCAGUCUUCUGUGUGCGUGUUUCAGAAUAAUGGGGCCACUGUCAUCGACAAAAACCUCAACUCAGGAAAUAACGGUUUCCAAGAGAAGCUGUGUUUCUUCCAGUGAGAGGUGUCCCUGUAGCAGCACUACUGUGAGGAAAAUCAGAAAAUAAUACAGUUUCUUCUGUUUUAUCAGUCUGGGAUGGGUUUAAUUCCUUUAAAAACAAUCAAGUCAUGUUCUUUCAACAUGUAAAAUGUGUACCAAUCCUGUAAAAUAAAUACUUCAGUGGUUCUGUA